CCCGCCAGGACCCCCUUUUUUUCUACCGCCACCCUCAUCCGGGAGAACAAUACCUCCACUUGGGAGAGGGUGGGCUUUUUGUCCCACUGACCCACAGUCUGGCUUCAGUACUUGGUCAGCUCCUCGGUCACGUUCCCAUGCCCGUUUGGACGCUCUCCCCGGGAUCCCCGCCAUGAUGCAAACGGAGACUUCGGUCCAGCUCGGCGCCUCGCUGACCCUGGAGACGGCGGAGAGCGCCGCCACCCUGCAUCAGAAGCAGCUCUUUGAGAAGUUCUGGAAGGGGACCUUCAAGGCGGUGGCCAUGCCCAGGCCGGAGAGCGUCAUCGUGGCCAGCAUCAUCGCCUGCACCAGGCUGACCCGUCUGCAGGCGCCUCCGCCGCCGGCCGACGCCAACACCAGAAAGGAGGUGACUUCAGGUUCCGGUGUGCCCCCUGCUGGCAGGGACAGUUGCAUCGCGAGGAAAAGGCGACACCACCGCCAUCGCCGGGCGAGGAGCGCCUCCUUUGACGAUGAGCUGUCACUGCGGCCGAAAGCCAAGAAGAAGAAGAGAAAGUCGGACAAGAGCAGGCGACGACGGAGAAGGUCACCUUCCUGCAGCCUCUCGCCGCUGAGGAAGAAGAAAAAGAAAAAGAAGAACGCCAAGAAAAGCAAGCGGCAUCGGUAUAGCUCAAAAAAGUCCAAGCACAGCUCCAGCAGCUUGAAGCAGAAGAGGAAGGAGGAGCGCAGGCACAAGAAAAGCUCGAGGACUCGCUCGCGUCGAAAGCGCCGCCGCCAGAGGUCAGCCUCGGAAAGUUCUUGCUGUCAAUCAUCUGCAGAGGACAGACACUUUGUGGAAAAAAGUGAGUCCCGUCAGACGCCGGGACGCAUGGCGCUCGCCCAUGAUGGGACCAAUGGCGUGCUGGUGCACAAAUCAGUAAAAACAGCGGCAAAAUAUCCAUCGGUCCUCUCCACCGGCGGCAGUUUGUCGUCAAAGCUUUUAGAGGGGACGACAUCCCGUCACGGCGGCGGUGCGCACGAUUAUGACUCGGGCAACGACACCUCGUCGCCGCCUUCCUGCAAAACUGCCGCCGACGGCAAGAGCGCGGAGCGUCGGCGUGCCGCCUCGCCCGGGAAGAUGCAGUUCGCUGACAAGGACGACGUCUCCGACUCAGGGAACUCUGUGACGAGCUACGCCUCGCUGUGCAAAACCUGCAGGGACGACAGCUUGAGAGAACACGUCAUGUUGGGAUGUCGGGUUGACGUCAUGAGAUCUUCUGAGACUUCCGGCUGCUCCCAUGAGGCGAGCGAGUCUUCCGGAAGGUCACGGAGCCGAGGGAGGAAGAAGAAGAAGAAGAAGAGGAGUAGAAGGAAAAGGUGCAGAUCAUCCGGCAGCUCCAGAUACUCGGGACGCCACUCUCGAAGCUUGUCGUCUGUUAGGUCCUACUCGCGUUUGCCGAGUUAUUCUCCGGCUCGGAGGCGGCGAGGCAGCGUGAGCAGCAGCAGCUCCAGGGGAAGCUACUCCAGAUACAGCCACGACAGGUCGCGAUCGAGGCGGCGGACGUCCAGUUCCAGAGAGACGGACGUCACGCACAAGUCCAGCAGGAAGCGACGGAGACGCGAAUUCUACUCUCCGAUGAGGAAGAGGAGGAAGGACUCGCCGAGCCAUCUGGAGGCGCGUCGAAUCACGAGUGCCAGGAAGAGGCCCGUCCCUUACUUCCGCCGCAGUCCCUCCACCUGCAGCAGCACCACGUCCUGGAGCAGCCUCUUCUCGCGCGGUCGCAGGUUCGUCCGCAGCCUGGAGCGCAGCAGGAGCCGCGGUCGCAGCUCCUCCACUUCCUGCUGCUCCUACAGGAGCUUCAGUCGCAGCUCCUCCUGGAACUCCGUCUUUGGGACCCAGCGCCGAGGUAUCAGAAGGAGCAGACAUUAGGACGGGAAGGGGAAGGCUUGGACGCGAGGGUCCCGGGCAGGGGGUGAGACCCUUUUGUUGUUGGCCCCAGACUGUCCUUCACAUCACGUGACCAUAUUUGGUCAUAUGUUGUACCUCAACACUCCAUUGGAAAGCUCAUGGGGUGACGGUCUUCAGUCUUUCAGGGAUUGUAGAAGAAUCUAUUUGUUUUGAAUCCAUUGCGGGUCCCGUUUAUGUCGACCGACUUGCAUAGACUCGAACCAAAGGUCAAAUCCUCUUCAAAAUAUUCCGAUUUUUUUAUUGUUUAAAUUCCAUGGAUUACUGUUGGUUCAAGCAAGAAAAGAACAGUCACAAUCGCCAUGAGAUGACAAGACUCCUACUGGUUUUGAUCUCCACUUGACUAGACGAAGUCCAAAGUGUGGUAUAUGCUACACUAUGUUGCCAAAAGUAUCUGGCCACCCAUCCAAAUGAUGAGAAUCAGGUGUCCUAUUCACUAUAAAAUCAAGCACUUAGGCAUGGAGACUGUUUCUACAAACAUUUGUGAAAGGAGCUCUCAGGUGUGGAACUGUCAUAGGAUGCCACCUGUGCAACAAAUCCAGUCGGGAAAUCUCCUCGCUCCUAAAUAUUCCAAAGUCAACUGUCGACUUUAUUAUAAGAAAAUGGAAGAGUUUGGGAACAACAGCAACUCAGCCACCAAGUGGUUGGCCGCAUAAACUGACAGAGAGGGGGCAGUGGAUGAAUUAUGGUGUGGGGUUAUUUUUCAAGAGUUGGGCUUGGAACCCUUAGUUCCAGUGAAAGGAACUUUGAAUGCGCCAGGAUUCCACAACAUGUUGGACAAUUCCAUGCUCCCAACCUUGUGGGAACAGUUUGGAGCGGGGCCGCUUCCUCUUCCAACGUGACUGUGCACCAGUGCACAAAGCAAGGUCCAUAAAGACAUGGACGGCAGAGUCUGGAGUGGAUGAACUUGACUGGCCUGCACAGAGUCCUGACCUGAACCCGAUAGAACACCUUUGGGAUGAAUUAGAACGGAGACUUGAGAGCCAGGCCUUCUCCACCAACAUCAGCGUGUGACCUCACCAAUGCGCUUUUGGAAGAAUGGUGGGAAAUUCCUUGUGAGGAGGCGUGGCCGGCGGACCUGCAGCGAGGCGGGGCACGACGGGGACCGCCUCCGGGACGAGCGUCAGGUGCGUAUAGGGUUGGGUAUCGUUUGAAUUCGAACGAUUCCGAUUCUUUUAAGAGGCAGGGUCAAAAAAAAGAUUAGGAUAUUUUAAAUGAGCGAGCUAACCUACAGUCUUUCUGAAUUAAAUAGUCUGACAUUCUCCAUCAAUUUUAAUUCUAUUAACUUUUUAUGAACUUUACUAUAAAUUUUUUCAACUAGAAUAUAAAUAUCAAAUCUAUGAACUUGAAUAUAAAUAUAUUAAAUUAUGAAUACAUUUUCCCACAUCGCGGAGCCUGGCUAGCAGGUUGUAAAUUGCCUAUGAAAAAAUAUGCGGGCUAAUUUGUUAGCUGCCUCAACGUUGGCGCAAAACACAUUAUUUAUUGCAUAUAUAUUGUUUUACUUACCGGAUUCGGACUGCAGUGCAGUCACCGAGGUGCCAGGCUGGGCGUCGGAGGAAGAGGCGUCGGAGGACGGUCGGCGCAGCGCGUCGAAGACGGGACACGCAUUUAUAUGUACUCCAUGAACUCGGAGGUGCUUCAUCAUGUUCGACGUGUACCCUCCUAAGCACGAAACAGUCCUGUCGCACGUGUUACAUUUCGCCGAUAUUUCAUUUUUUUUAGUAAAGUAAAGCCACACUUUCGACCGCCGACGCCCGCUAUCCAUGCUUGACUACAUAGGCUCGGCUAUGCUAACACUUCCGGCGGUGGGCGCUUCUUCGUUGGUGUUCAGCGUCUUCUUCUUCCGGUCGGCGGACUUAUUCUUUUUUUCCGGUCGGCGGACUGGGUAUCGCAACGAGGAAUCGAAAUUUAAACUUUUCAACGAUUCCGGGAGAAUCGGAAAGUUAGUCCCGGUUCCAAUCGAUACUCGAUACUCGGUACCCAACCCUAGGUGCGUAGACGGCCCACCUGGGCGCGGUUGUGCAAUCACCUCUCGCUGCGUAAAAGGGCAGCGGCCGAGAGGAGAGGGGCAGGAGGAGUUGGAGAGCCGCUGGUGAAUGACGAGCGCAAGCGCGAGGAAGAGCGAGAGGCAGACGAAGCCGGGGACGGCUGAAAAGCGACCGGAAGAGCGAGCAGUUGGAAGAGGAAGGAGCUGAAAAGCGACCCGACCCGCACUGAGGUUUAUUGAAAAAUAAAACAAAGUGACAAAACUGCUCCAGUCAUGUCUCUCCUUGGUGGUCCAUGGAACCCCGAGGGAAGAGGUACGCCACAUUGUGGACAGCCUUCCCAGAAGAGUGGAAGCUGUAAUAGCUGCAAAAGGUGGACCGACAUCAUAUUGAACUCUAUGGGUUAGGAAUGGGAUGGCACUUCAAGUUCAUAUGUGAGUCAAGGCAGGUGGCCAAAUACUUUUGGUGAUAUGGUGUAUGAGGACACGUCUAAGAUAAGGUAAGAGGGCAUUGCAUAAUUGGUUUUGUCUGGUGCCGCGGCGAGAGAGCGAGAAGGAGGGGAAAAAACGUUUACCGCGGGAAAAUGUAGGCGUGGACGGCAAGCAGAGUGUCUUUCAGCGCAAAUGUCAAAUGAAUCUGUCCUCUCAACACGCCGCAAAAUGUCAAGAGUCGCGUCUCCGUUGGCAACAGAGCGCCAACGACGUGAUUAAGCCCACAGGUGAUUUUUUAAAGACGAUGCUAUUGAAUGUUUCAGUUUUGCGUGGAGAUAACACAUCGAAUUAUUCCCACGCCUGGAGAAUGUUUUAUGACCAACCGUCAAGACUUAUUUCUUAACUUAUUCCUAUUUAUUAGUCCUGCGUUCUAUGCAACGUGUCUUUUGCUUUGGUUUGUGCUGCGUUUUGAAACCGUUCAUCAGUUUCUGUAUGAGAAAUACAUAAAUCAUCGCCUUGCUUGACCUUUUGCUUUGAGUCCUAAAAAAGAGAAGAAGAAAAAAAAAAGGUGAGCAGUUUGACAUUUGCUUUGUUUGCUUCCUCGCCGAGAGUGAGACGAAUGCACAGCCAACGUAGCUUAGCAUGUCGCAAAUUAGCAAAACCAAAUGGGUGGAAAGGCUAUGAUAGCAGCCGAUCUAUUAUCUUGUGAUUUUAUUCUUUUUUAAAUAUUUUCUACUGGUUCUUAGUUGACUUAAAUUGAAUUAACUUUUUUUUAAAGAUUUACAUUAAACCCAACCAGCUAUGUGCUAAGCUAACUGAGCUAACGAUGCAUGGUAAAUGGCCUCCAUCUUUUUAGGAUGUGGUAUUUUUUCAUUCUUAAAAAGGUUUACUGGUUAUUAGUUGACUUUAUGGACUUUUACUGAGAACAUGUAGGAUUUUUUAUUUGUAUUAAUAUGUUUUACAUCAAUCCCAACCAGCUGUUACCGCUCCGUGCUAAGCUAACCCGACUAAUAAUGGAUGCUAUUGCUUUUCAGGAUGUGUCAAAAUUCUGUUUGUAUUCAUCCUUAAACAGUUUUAGUUGAAUUUAGUGACUUUUACUGGGGUUUGUUAUUUAUUUUGUGUUAAUCCCAACCAUCUGUUACCGGUCUGUGCUAUGCUAACCGAGCUAAUGAUUGAUGGUAAACGUCCAUCUUUUCAGGAUGUAGCAAAAUUGUGUUUUUAUUCAUUCUUAAACAGUUUUAGUUUAAUUUUGCGACUUUAACUGGGAUUUGGGUUUUUAUUAUGUUGUGUUAAUCCCAACCAUUUUUUACCGGUUUGUGCUAUGCUAACCGAGCUAAUGAUUGAUGAUAAACGUGCAUCUUUUCAGGAUGUGUCAAAAUUGUGAUUUUAUUCAUUCUUAAACAGUUUUACUUUAAUUUUGCGAUUUAUUGGGAUUAGUUUUUUUAAUUUUGUGUUAAUCCCAACCAUCUUUUACCGGUCUGUGCUAUGCUAACCAAGCUAAUGAUUGAUGGUAAACGUCCGUCUUUUCAGGAUCUGUCCAAAAUUGUGUUUUUAUUCAUUCUUAAGCAUUUCUUCUGGUUCUUAGUUGAAUUUAGUGACAUUUACUGGGAUUUAUGUUUUUAUUUUGCAUUAAUCCCAACUGUCUGUGCUAUGCUAACCAAGCUAAUGAUGUAUUGUGUCUAAAAUGUCAAACUAUUCAUCUUCGCUGGACUUUCUGUGCAUUUCAACAUUUGUUUUCUCCUUUUAAUCCACGUGUUGCCCCGAAUGCCACGUCAAUGAAGGAAAUGUGUGGUAAACUGAUUAUAAUUAUAACCUGGCGGUGUAUAGACGAGCGACAUGUUCAUGUGAUGAGAUUGUUUAGGGGAAAAGUCAGGCUUUUUAAUUGAAAAGUACAGGACUGUUGUCACAUGCAGGUUCACCAAAGUGUAAAUAUGCACAUCUGCUUUGUGUAAAUAUAAAAAAAAAAAUAUCUGAUUGUGGAACUUUUAUGUUUUGGAGCAAUGUCAAUGCACUCUAAAUGUCUUUGUGUAUUUCCAAGGAGUGUGAGGGUCACACGAGAAAAAAUAAAUAAAUCACUUUUUUUAUUUUUUUUACUUUUUAAGCAUAACAUAUGAAAAGUGCUCAUAAAACCCACAUUCUGAUUUAUUUUUCUGAACACUACAACUUUAUUCCUGGCAUCUUCCCCUCACAAUUGAUGUCGUUUAGAGUUUUGCCUGGAUUGCAACUUUUUUUUGCUCUGUUUUGCUUUUUUAUUUUGACAAGGUUUUGGUUAAGUUUUUUUUUUUUUUUUUCCAACAAAACAACAAUAUCACUUUAGUCAAGUCAUUUGUAUUCAUUUUUUUUUGUUGACAUCUUUAUUCUUAGUGCAUCAAAACUUUCUGUAUUAAAACUACAACA